AUGCCUACUAAACCAAUAACUCAACAACCUGAAUCAACAAAUUCAACAUUUACAUUAAUGCCUGAUGAAUAUGUUCGAUUUGAAUAUAAUUAUAAACCCGGUUGUUGUUGUUUUAGUUCAAAAACGACAACUAUAACUAAUAUGCGUUUAAUGACACGAACUAUUGAAACACCAACGAUAGGUUCAAGAAAAACAGCAAGCGGAAAAGAAAGAACAAAUACGAAAUAUAUUCCGGAUAUUAAUAAUGUUAAACAAUUACAAUCAGCAAUACCAAUAAGUCAAUAUACAUGGUGGAUGAAAUUACUUGAUAUAUUAACAUGUCGAUGUUCAAAUCAACAAAUCGAUUGGUUAGAAUCAUGCCGUGGAAUGGAAAAUUCAAAUGAAUCUACAGUAAAACCUAUCGAUCUUAAAGAACCAACAUUAGUUGAAAGAUUCUAA